AGGGCAGGGCGCCAUUGUUGAUCCACUGGGGUGAGGAAGAUGGCCCGGGGCAGGUGGAGGCAGGAAAGGUCCCCUACCUGGCUGAGGUGCCCAGGUCUUUGAAGGAGGAGGAAGGAGGCCGGGGAGAAGACAGGACCCGUGGAGACUUCUUUCCAUUCAAGCAACCAACUUUGGAGGGCGCCAACAUGCCUGGAGAAGAACUCCGUCCGAGCCCAUCUCCAGGCGGCCCAAGGGAAGUCGAAAGAGGAGGAGAGGCCCAACCUUCUCCAGGGGAUGCAACACAACUCACGGGAGAGCAGAAGACCUCAUCCAAGCCCGACCACCAAGCAGGAUCAGAUCAUCUCCAGAACAUGGGGACCAGGCUCAACCCAGGCUUCGUAGAAGAGCCUCCUCCCUAUGCUCCACCGGAUCCAAAAGACGCCCACUUGUACCCGCCAUUCCACGCCAACGUUCCACCACGGAGUUGCGUCUUUUACCAGCCGACAGCUGCACCCCACGCCCUAAGCCAACCACCCAAUGCAUUCUCCGGCCCCUGUCCUCACCCCAUCGGUGCCUGGCCUGGCGAGAGCCCUCUGGUUGGUGACCAGAGGCUGCCACCCAAAGAUUAUAUGAUGGAAUCUGUACUAGUGACAAUUUUCUGCUGCUUGUUCACGGGCCUGAUAGCCCUUGUCUAUUCCCACGAGACCCGGGCUGCUCUGAAACGAGGUGACCUCAUCCAAGCCAUGAGGGCUUCCUACAAAGCUCACUCGCUCAUCUUGUUCAGCCUCUUCUUCGGCCUCUUUGUGUCCCUCAGUUGGAUUAUCUACGUGGUGGUAACCCUGUAUCUAUGAUCCCAGAAGGUUGGGAUGGACCGUGGAAUUUCCUACAAAGUUGUGGUAUGGAGUCCUCAUCCUCUUCAACCAGUUUGGGGACCAAUUUCUCAUGCUGGCACUUUCUUUUGUCUCUUCUCCAAACCCAGCCACAUCAGGAAGGAACAAUUGUCCUACAGGAAGUGAUGAGAUCUCACCAUCACCACCACCAAGCUGGAAGGAUGUCUUCAUAGCGCAUAGCGCUGACAUCUUCUUUCGGAGCUUCCCGAGGCUCACUUAAUUGCUAUCUCGUCACUUAAAAAAAAUAAAUAAAUACACAAACAGCCUGGUCCAAGGUUUAAAGGAAAUUCUAGACUCUCCUUGGAAAAGCUACACGCUAUCCUUGGGGCAGGUCAGGAGAGUGAUCAUCGGUCCAGGGGUUCUUCUGGCAUCGAGACCAAAUCAAGGGCACUGUCCCGUGAAGACCUCAGGAACUCCAUACUGACUUUAAUGGAGGAUACUCCAUUACGAACAAUAAAUGCUGGAAGGAUUUUUACCCAUUCCUGUUCAUUUUGUGACCAUUGACCUACAGGUGUAAAUAGGGGGUCAGCAACUGAUCUUAAUUCCCUCCUUGCUUGGGUAAAAAGAUGGAUGGAUGGAUGGAUGGAUG